CCCAAUCUCAAAAGACGAGGCCGGAGCGCACUUCUCUCAACAACCACAUUAAACCUUUAGGUAUGUGGUAUUCUCCCGCAAGCCACGGCUGAUUGCCCGUUAUUUUGAUCAUGUUCAAAAAAUAUUUAUUGUCAUGGCCAAAAAAGCGGUAGCAUUCAGUAGUGGGCUCUGAAAUAGCGGAGUGAACAAAUGCUGAUUAAAAUUGAUCAUGCAGAAGUUUAGUCUUCAGCGUAACGAUGGCCCCCAAGAGCAAGAAGACCGGUGACACCAUCAACUCGCGCCUGGCGCUUGUGAUGAAGUCCGGAAAGGUCACCCUCGGCUACAAGUCCACCAUCAAGACCCUCCGCUCCGGCAAGGCCAAGCUGGUCAUCAUCGCCGCCAACACUCCUCCUCUCCGCAAGAGUGAGCUCGAGUACUACGCCAUGCUCGCCAAGGCCCCCGUCCACCACUUCUCCGGCAACAACAUCGAGCUCGGUACCGCCUGCGGUAAGCUCUUCCGCACCUCCACCAUGGCUAUCCUCGAUGCUGGUGACUCCGACAUCCUGUCCAGCCAGUAGGUGUAAAGCCUAGUCAAUGAAUUCAUGUUAUGUCUGAACGGCGGUAUGCCAUGAUGCACAACGUCACGGCACGAUUUAGAUAAUGACAAUGAACUUUACAUCUAUAUUGGGUUUCGUUUCUAAACGCUGUAGGAUAAGACUGUAGGAGUGAUCUGGAAGAUAGCACGGUCGCAUCACUAAAGAACCGGAGGGAGGAGUGGCAGCUCAACUCCACUUUAUGAGUCACGUAAUUAAAAGUCAGGCAUUAAGAUAAUUAUAAAGCAGCGAAAAGUCAUCAUAUUCCAUUCCGCAGUAACUAAAACA